AUGAUACUCCAGUCAGCAGGAAUGACUCUUCGUAAGUGGUGUGCAAAUAGUCCGCAGCUAAUCGAUGGCAUACCAAACACAAAUGACGAAACUCAUGUCGUGCUUGAGUUGAAAGACAAUGAUACAACCAAAACACUUGGACUAGUAUGGAACCCAAGAGCUCAAGGUAGUGCGCAAGGUGAUAAGGAUCAUCCAUGCAACAAAUUUGAAUUACAUGGGUUUUGUGACGCCUCCAUGAACGCAUAUGGAGCUUGCAUUUAUGUAAGACAAUUACAACAGCAUUAUGAAAGAGCUUUAAUGACCGCCGUAAAAAGUAUUUUUCCUGAAAGUAAACUUUGUGGUUGCUGGUUCCACUUCUGUCAAUCCGUUAUCCGAUACUGCCGAAGGAGUUUAAAUAGUGUAUUCCACUUAUUCCAAAAUAACCCUGAAGCUAAUAGAGUUCUGCGUAUGGUUUUAGCAUUGCCACAUCUUCCUACAGAAAUACAUCCGGAAUGUCGUUUUACUAUGAGUGAUGGGUUUCAUGCUAUAAUUGAAUAUGUAAACCAGUAUGACCAUAUUUCGGAACGCCUUCAUAAUUUUUUAAUUGGUUACAUUCAACGUUUUUGGUUUGAUCAAAUAGGUUCAGCAAGCAUUACUGUUUUUGGGUCAUACAUUCAAACCUACAACUAUUUGGAAUCGUUUCAUAGAACCUUACUAUGCCAAAUAGGAAGACACCUCAAUAUUUAG